UAAUCUUACCCAUCCCUUUCUCAUUCCUCCACCCCAGGCCUAAAGCAGGUUAUCUGAUAAGAUGUGGGAGUUUUGAGCACUCUGCUGAGAAAAGAACGCUCAACCGGUCAGUAACCAGAGGCCUCCUACAGAUAUAGCAGCACCGUGGUGUCUUUAGCAUUUCUUCUAGAGACACCUUGAGCUACACAUUAUCACCUACGCUUUGAGUCACUUUGCAGAAGAUUCAGAAUGUCUGAUUCCACCUCCAUUAUGGAGUUUAGCGGGACGCAUCAAGCUUUCCGAGACCGCUGGGCAAAGACAGAUGAUGAGAUGUGCAAGCACAGUAUGUCUUUCCACUUGCACAAUACGCUGAGGAAGGAGUUCUUCGCCAGUUACCUGUACCUGCUGGAACAGAUUCCUCUGGUGAAACUCUAUGCCGUGACUUGUGAGUACAUUAAAGGCGAGAAGCAGUUUUACUACAGGGCACAGAACUUCUACAAGGAUGUCCCGGCAUCAGAGGAGGGCAUGAUGGGAGAUUUUGUGGAGAUAUCGGAGAUUGACCUUGAAGGCUCAAGACAGUUCCUGAAGAAGUUUGUUGGUCCAGGGAAGGCUGGCACCAAGCGAGCACUAGACUGUGGCUGUGGAAUUGGGAGGGUGUCUAAAGGAGUUCUGUUUCCUGUGUUUGAAUCCAUGGAGAUGCUUGACAUGAUGGAAGAGUUCAUCCUCCAAGCUCAUGAGUGUUACCUCGGAGAUUACGCAGACCAAGUGGAAGCCUACUACCUUUACAAUCUGCAGGAAUUCAUCCCACCUACAAAGAGAUACGAUGCCAUCUGGCUUCAGUGGGUUGCCUGUCAUCUUACUGAUAAGGACCUGAUGGAGUUUUUAAUGCGUGCUAAGCAGAGCCUGAGGCCCAAUGGUGUGAUCAUCAUUAAGGAUAACAUGGCGCGGCAGGGCUGCAAGCUGGAUCCCAUUGACAGCAGCAUCAUCCGCCACCUGGACAUCAUGAAGAACAUCAUUCAGACAGCAGGCCUCACCAUACUGGACGUGGAAAAGCAAGAAGGCUUUCCUGAGGCCAUUGUGCCUGUAUGGAUGAUCGCCAUGUGCUGA